GAAGGGUCAGCUAUUAGGUACCGUAACCAUAAAGCCACCACAAAAGGACCUCGAGGCAGCACUUUUCCUGCUGUACAAGCGUUCAGUGUCCUCUCCGAUUUCGGCUGUAAACGGUGCAUCUUCCGGUCUAAGCCCAUCCGCAGUCUUAGCGCUUCAGGCCUUGCGUGGGGUCACGCAGAUCAAACUCCGAAAGGUGAAACAAGGGAUUCAGUUACGGCUUUCCCUGUGAGUCUAGUUCUUGUAGAGAUUGAAGAUUUGCGCGCGAGCUCUAAUUCAAAGCUUCAGACCGCGCGAGGAAGAGAUACUGCGUUGGGUGAUGCAGUCGGAGCUGGAAAUGGAGUGCAACUUGGCUCGCAGUGUGCGCGGGAAUCCCUAUGCGGCGUUUAUACGCCGUGCUGCAGCAAAGUUAUACGUUGA